AUGGCUUCAAGCGACCCAGAAAUUAAGGAUGGAUUUAGUCUGCCGGUUUGGAUGAAGACAAAACCAUCGAAAGAAUUUGAACCGUUUGCCUCAUCACCGCCUGCUCCCGAGGACACAUUCUUCUACAUCCGCUAUCCGAAAUCCGACGUGCUGUUCGGAAAGCCAAAAUUCAACGCUGAUAUACCUAAAGCUCUGAACGAACCCAAGGACUUCGCGCAAUACGUGAUCAAGGACCAGGAUUGGUCGAAACACACAAAACCAUGCCAAGAAGUGCUUAACGGCAUCGCUCCUAUUAACACAGCUGCGAAGUCUGUAAACGUCAAGCCAAAACCGGCGGGAACGGACGAUGGCUUCAAAGGGGAGGGGGCGGCUUGCGGCAGUUCAGUCGUCAAGGUAGCGCACCAAAUGAUCUCAUCAAGAGGUUUCACAGUCGCUACUCCUGCCGAUUCGGCUCCUGAACCAGUACCUCGACUCACUCGUCGUGGUAGUAGAAGUCUUCCUGCCACGCCAGCGACUUCGCCACACGGAAGCCCUACAAGCAGACGAAGAAUGGUUGGCAAUCGUUAUUUCACAUCACCAUUUGAGCCAUCUGAAGAUGCCAGCCGAAGUUCCUGGCUGACGAUGGCUCUGCUCGGCUUCAAGAAGGAUUUGACCACCUCGACAUCAACCCUCGCUGAAGAAGAGGCUGAGCAUCGGUUACAAUGUGGUAGUCUAGCAGAAUCUGUCGAAAACUUGGGUCCUUCAAAACAAGAUCCGAAGUUAAUAAAUGAUUCAACACCUUCCAAAACAUCAAAACCAUCCAACAGUUACCGACCCAAGCCUUCAGAACUACGAGAAAUGAAUUUCUGGUCUCCGACCUGUAUUUAA